AUGAACGAGUUUGACGAGUUGGUCGAGUCUGCUCAACGGUGGAGAAAAAUUGGUGCCGGAGUCGAAGAACAAGAAGGCGAUAAUUAUCUCAGAAACCGAAGGCAACCAUAUUGGGACUACAGGGCCCUCUGGAAAGCGUUGAAAAAAAUCAAUCUUACAAGCGGACAACUAUUGAAGCUUCUCCCAAGUCCUGUCCUGGACCUCUUUUACUCAUCCCCAUCCGAUCAGCCAAAGGCUGCACCCAGAUCAACUGCAUGGCUCGAUGGCAUCCGUGGUUGUGCCGCCUUGGUUGUCUUCAUUGAGCACCUGAGUCUCUCAGUGCAAGAUUCCCAUGCCAUGCUGAGAGCGUACGGCUCUCCCGGUGCAACUUCUUUUUGGCAAUUGCCAAUAGUUCGCUUGCUCUAUGACGGUAGCCCAAUGGUACCCAUAUUCUACGUCACUUCUGGCUGUGCUUUGUCACUUCAGCCACUGUCACAUAUUUACAAAGGAGAAUGGUCGGAAUUUUACGCGACCAUUUCGAGUGCGACUUUCCGAAGGGCGUUUCGGCUGUUCCUUCCAAGUGCUGCAGUGUCCUUCCUCGCCAUGAUAUUCACGCAGCUGGGUGUCUACAAUUACCCAUACCAUUUUAUCGAGGGUAAUGCAAUUAUAAUCGACCGUCCCCAGCGACUGCCAAACUUUGCAGCGCAAUAUGUGGAUUGGCUAAAUUGGGUGACGACCCAGUUACUCUACUCGCAAGAGAUGUUUCAGCCGCUGUCUAGAACAACGAUAUCGAACUACGGUUUCCAGCUCUGGACUAUAUCAACUGAAUUUUAUGCGUCUAUAACCUUAUUUAUUACGUUGGUUGGCCUCGCGCAGUUGCCAGUCUCAAGACGGCAGUUCCUAGUCUUCAGCAUAUGUGCCUUCGCCUUUUACCUGGAUCGAUGGGAUAUUGCUUGCUUCAUGGCUGGCAUAAGCAUCACGGAGCUCUCUAUGAAAGUGAAAAAGCCCAAUGAGUUUGCCCGUCUUCCUCUACAUAAUCCUGGCAAGUCCAUCUCGUCAUGGCUCUCGGCGACUAGACAAUAUGGGUUUGCGCUGCUUUUCGUUUCAGGCCUCUUUCUUGCAUCAUAUCCGUACAAACAAGCUUCAGAGAACUUCAUCUACCAAGGUUUCGCUGCCAUCAUCGACAACGUACGCUUCUGGGAAUCUAUCGGUGCUGUCUUCAUCCUCAUCUCGGUGUCCCAGCUCGUUUUCAUGAAAAGACUGCUCACGUCUGCAAUUCUAGGAUAUCUAGGUCGGAUCAGCUAUGGUGUAUACCUUACUCAUGUAGUUUUUCUGAAUACGUUUGGUUGGAGGAUAGUUCCAUGGAUGUGGAGAAUUACUGGUGAUGAAGGAUGGUUGCAACGCCAAGGAGGCUUUGCUGCUGGGCUAAUAUGUUGUUUAAUGCUGUUGAUCUGGAUCGCAGACAUUUGGACGAGAGCGGUGGACGAGCCCUGUGUGAGGCUUGCGAAGGGAAUAGAGAGAUGGGCAAGUUCCAGGUAG